AUGCCCGACUCAGAACCCGAGGCCGGCCCCGACAGGGCACCGCCUAACCUCCCCAUAGGCUGGAUUGCACAAUGGGAUGGAAAUUCUCGAAAGUAUUACUUUGUCCAAAUCAGUACCGGCGUGUCGACAUGGGAAGUGCCUACCGAAGCCGCUCCUACUGUGCCCUCCCCAGGAAAUACCCCAGCACAACACCAGAACCCUUUCCCGGCCCCUCAUGAUGCUCAAGGACAAGCGACACGUGGCGUGGACGGACAAGAAGGCGAACGUGGACUCGGAGNGCAUGGCUAUGAACAUGCUACUGAACCAGAACAAGCCUCAGCAACNNAGCAGCACUCAUCUGGUCUCGGAGGUCUGGCUGCACAAUUCCUCGGCGGUAACUCGCACUCGAACUCAGGUCAAGCCCAAAACCAGAACCACAACAGUGGUGGCGCUGCAGGAUUGGUUGGUAAACUUGCUGGAAACUUCUUGGGAGGAGGAAACAAGCCACAGGGACAGCAUUCAAACAGCAGUAGUGGACACAACAGUGCUCUGGGCGGCCUUGGAGGGCUCUUGGGUGGCCAGCAGUCGAGCGGUAACCACGGCAAUGCCGGUGGAAGCAGCCAAGGUGGUGCUAUGGGUGCUCUUGGUGGACUGCUAGGUGGCCACGGCUCCUCGAACCACCAGCAGCAAGGCUAUGGUUAUUCAUCUGGAGGCUCGUCCCAAGGCACAUAUUCCGGACAGGCUCCUCCUUCGUCUUACAACCCUUCAGCAUCUCACCACUCUUCUCCCGCUCCCUACGGCCAGUCGACAGGCUCCUACGGUGGCCCGGGUGGGCAGACGACGGGCACAUACGGCGCACCUGGUCACAGUGCUCCAGCACAACAACAUGGACAAUAUCAGUCGUCACACAGCAGCGGCCCAUCACCAAGUCAAUACGGCGGUCAGCCCUCGCACGCUUCUUCAGGUUAUCAAUAUGAUCAAUACAGCCAGCACCAGCACAACCAGUACGGCGGGGCACCAAACCACGGGCAGGCUCAACAAAACUCGCAAUACUCUGCGUACCAGCCUGGCCAGGGAAGCAGUUACGGACAGGCACCUGGCGGUCAAGCAGCACACGGUGGGCCAGCACAUGGCGGAGCACCUCAUGGUGGAUCUCAGUAUGGGCAAGCACCUUCCUAUGGUGGGCCGCCUCAGGAUCAGCUCACGCAGCAUCAGUACAAUCAGUACGGCGGAGCGCACGAACAGUUGAACCAGCACCAGGCAUCGCAGGGGGGUUAUGGAGGACAGGGCAACAAUUACGGAGGACCACCUCCACCAGCAUGGCGAUAG